AUGUCAGCAAUGCUGAAUAGCUAUCUGGGCUUUGGUGAAGUCGCAGGCCUCGAAUCGUCCAAGAAUGACGACUCCCCAUUGCAGGCUAUUCCAGCCUCAUGGUACACAUCUCAGGAAAUGUUCGAACUCGAGCGCCGUGCUAUCUUCUCCCGCAAGUGGCUUUUGACCGCCCACAAGUUACGCCUCCCCAACACUGGCGACUACCUCCGCUACGAUAUAGCCGGCUACGGCUUCAUCCUGGUUCGCGACCGCGAAGGCAACAUCAAUGCAUUCCACAACGUCUGUCGCCAUCGUGCCUUCCCCGUUGUGACCGACGACAAAGGCACCUCAAGAAUCUUCUCUUGCAAGUAUCACGGCUGGUCCUACGGUUUGAACGGCAAGCUUGCCAAGGCACCUGGAUACCAAGACCUUGAGGACUUCGACAAGAGCAAGAACGGGCUGCUCCCCAUCCACGUUCACAUUGACGCAAAUGGCUUUAUCUGGGUAAAUUUGGACAGUGCGCCCAAGCCUGAGAUUUCGUGGGAGGAUGACUUUAAGGGAAUUGAUCUGCAGUCCCGUUUCCAGGAUUUCAACUCGGAGGACUACCAGUUCGACCACACCUGGGAGACGGAGGGAGACUUCAACUGGAAGAUAUUGGCCGACAGCUACACCGAGAACUACCAUCAGAGGGGUAACACUGAUGUUUCGUCUUUGGCUGAUAUCGGUGCUUUCGAUUCCAAGGAUUCUACCGACUAUGCGAACGCCACACCAGAGCAGGUCGCCAACGGCCUCAAGAUUUCCAGCACCUACUACUUCCCCAAUGCCUCAAUGACCGUCUCUCCACACUUCUUCUUCAUGCAGCGAUUUGUGCCUACCUCGCCCACCAAAUGCGUCAUGCGCUACGAGGUCUACCGCAACAAGCAUUCCAGCGACGCGGACUUUGAGUUGAUCAACCAGGUCUACAAACGCAUCAUGUCCGAGGACAAGGACCUCUGCGCCGAGGCUCAGAAGAACCUGGGCAGCAACAAGCUGCCCUCGAGCACGGAGGAGGGUGCGCUCUACUUCCAAUCCGUGAUACGGGAUAUUUUGACGGGUUACCACGCUCGCGAGGAAGCGGCCGGAAAAGAGGUUUGGCCUUCUCGCCAGCCCGUUCCAGAAGGUGCCUUGACAACACAGGAAGACAUUGACUUCUGUACCAAGCUCGAAGCCCAAAGCCGAGCCAACAAGGGCAGUGACUGCUCUUCCCAGCCCGGUGGUUGCUGUGGCGGAGGGGCCUGUGGAGCGGCCGCCAACGAUGGAACGUCUGCCAAUGAGACUAUGGUCUGCUAA